UCAUUAAUAGGAGUGAUGUUCAAGCAACAUGAUCUGGUCAAAGACAAACUUCUGAAAAGAAAGUGUCCAACGAGAAAAAAGCAGGGCAGCCUGCAAUGCCCACGUGCGUGAGAACCACUCGGUCGAUGACUCAAAGAGCGAAGCAGACCUCGGGGGCAGGCGCCGCCAGUGCAGCCUCCGCGGGAGCAGCCUCCGCUGCGCCGGCCACGCGAGCGGCGCGUGAUAAUAAAACAGAAAGAAAAGUACCCAGUCAAGGAAGGCCUGCCGAAAAGAUCGAAGAAGAACCAGGCAAGGUCAUGUCUUUUAAAGUUGAGAGUGAAGUAAAUACUUUGGAAUCACAAACCAGUGUGACAAACGGAAGGGAUCCAGAUGGAGUCUUAUCAAAAGUGGAAACGUUACCUGAGACAAAUCCUGCAGAAAUGAAAAGGAGGCCAUCCUUCGCACCAGUAGAUUUUCUGUUUCGGCCGCCAGAUGGUCUGAAGAGCUGUGACGUAACACCUAGGACUCCAACAAGUACCGCUACUUUGACACCCAGUUACAGCUGCAUCUCUUUAAAAGCAGAAGUUGAUGAGGCUCCAGAGGUAACAAAAGAAAUGUUGGCACACAAAAGUGAAACUUCAGUACAUCAAGAUUCCGAUGAAUUACGCCGUCCUUUGAGUUCUCUGAUAGUUGGGAGCACAGAUCGUGUCUUAAAUAAAAAUGAAACUACUGCUGAAAAUUUACAUGGCUUUCCAAUAAAAGAAGUCCCAUCACUUGAAAUAGAUGAGGAUCAGACAUCUCAGCAGCGACAUGUGCUGCGUUUCAGAUACAGGAUCUGCGCCACAAAUUCAACAGUCUCACCAUACUUGAGGAGUGUGGAUGGGAGAAAGCCUGCAGUACGAGCAAAGAUGUGUUUCAGAGGAGGAAGUGGAGGAGGUGGAAGGUGCAUGCAUACUGCCUGGAGGAAAAUCAAAGCUUUCAGAAGAACUACACUCAGAGUUGGAGGAUUUCAGCUCAUCCGUGCUAUCAAUGCUACACACUGACGCACUGGAAGAGUCAGAUUUCUUUUGA